AUGCCUUGCUCCUUAAAACCAUUGGCUCAACAAUCUUUUAGGCCCAAGGCUCUACUUCUACCUGUCUCCAGAGACACUUCGACUCUCCAAUACACCGCUACUAUAAACCAAAGGACCCCUCUGGUAUCUCUCAAGGUCGUCGUCGAUCUCGGCGGCCAAAACUUAUGGGUAGAUUGUGAGAGAAAUUUUGCGUCUUCGACCUUCCGUCCUGCUCGUUGUGGCUCAGCCCAAUGCUCCUUAGCUGCAGCCACGGCCUGCUCCGGUUCCAAUACGUGCGGUGUUUUCCCAGAUAACACUGUCACCCGAACAGCCACAUUCGGCGAUAUCGGUCAAGAUGUGGUAGCAAUUAAAUCAACCGAUGGGUCGAAUCCGGGUCGGGUAGUUGUCGCGCCUGGGUUCAUUUUGACUUGUGCGCCAACUUUCUUGCUACAGGGUCUUGCUAGUGGAGCUAUGGCCUUGGCUGGUCUUGGCAGGACUAGAGUUUCUCUCCCGGCGCAAUUUUCUGCCGUCUUUAGUUUCCACAGAAAGUUUGCACUCUGCCUUUCAUCGGGAAACGGCGUCGUCUUCUUCGGGAACGGGCCAUACGUGUUUCUUCCCGGCACUGAAGAUUUGUCCCCAUCACUCACCUUCACGCCCCUUUUCAUCAAUCCGGUAAGCACCGCUUCUACUUUCUCAGGCUCGUCGGAGUACUUCAUCGGCGUGAAAUCCAUCAAGGUGAAUGAAAAGGUUGUCCCGUUAAACACAACUUUGUUGUCCAUUGAUAGCCAAGGAAUUGGAGGAACAAAAAUCAGCACUGUGAAUCCCUUCACGGUUUUACAGAGCUCAAUCUUCGAAGCUGUCACCACGGCCUUUGUUAGUGAAGCCGCCGCCAUGAACAUCAAAAGGGUGGCUCCUGUGGCGCCGUUUGAUGCGUGUUUCAGCUCUGAAAACAUAGUGGGUACUCGGCUCGGAGCAGCAGUGCCGACGAUUAGUCUAGUUUUGCAGAACGAGAAGGUGGUUUGGAACAUGUUUGGUUCGAACUCAAUGAUCGAAGUUAGCAGGGAUGUGAUGUGUCUGGCCUUUGUUAAUGGCGGAUUAGAAACCAUAACGUCCAUCGUCAUUGGUGGCCACCAGUUGGAAAACAAUCUGCUCCAGUUUGAUUUGGCCACCUCAAGGCUUGGCUUCAGCUCUACGUUGCUUGGCCGGCAAACUACCUGCGCCAACUUCAACUUUACAUCCAACGCUUAG